UCACUCGCCGCUAUACCGCCUGCCACCAUCACAUCGCACCCACACCGACCCGGCACGCCCUUUUCCCCGUCAGACGCCAGCAAGCUGCUUGCUUUGCUUCGGUUAGCUCGCUGCGCGGCGCCGCUCUCGGCUCCCCCGCGGCCAGGCUGCUCGGAUGGCGGGGCGGCCGGGGUACGUCACGCUGCCGAUAAUCUCGGUGUUCGCCGCGAUCGGGUACGUCUACUACACCGCGGUGUUCCUCGCGAUCCCCGCGUGGCUGGGGCUCGCCACGGCGGCGGGGGUCGCCAACGUCGCGGCCUACACCGCGCUCGCGCUCGCCUGCGUCGCCGCCUACGGCCUCGUCGUCACGCGCGACCCGGGCCGCGUGCCGCCCGCCUUCGUGCCCGACGUCGAGGACACGGAGACCCCCCUCCAUGAGAUCAAGCGCAAGGGUGGUGAUUUGAGAUACUGCCAGAAGUGUUCUCAUUAUAAACCUCCUCGCGCGCAUCAUUGUCGUGUCUGCAAGAGAUGUAUUCUGAAAAUGGACCACCACUGUAUUUGGAUUAACAAUUGUGUUGGGCAUGAGAAUUACAAAAUUUUCCUCGUCUUUGUGUUGUAUGCUGCAACCGCAAGCUUCUAUUCUUUGGCUCUGAUGAUUGGAGGCGUAGUGCAUAGUGUGCCUACAGAUGAACAAUCAGGAAUUGAUUCUCCAAGAAAAUCGUUAGUUAUUUGUGGCGUCUUUGUGGGUGUAAUGACUUUGGCGUUGUCUAUCCUCUUGGUCUGGCAUGUUUACCUCAUCUUACAUAAUAAGACUACUAUUGAGUACCAUGAAGGAGUUAGGGCAAUGUGGUUGGCAGAAAAGGCUGGAAAUCUUUACCAUCAUCCAUAUGAUCUCGGUGUCUAUCAUAAUAUUGUUUCGGUCCUAGGCCCCAACAUGCUAUGCUGGUUCUGCCCUGUAUCGAGGAACAUAGGCGACGGCGUUCGUUUCCGCACAUCGUAUGAUAUUCCGCUAUCUACACCACCAUCCAAAGCAGAAAAGCAUCUGGCAAUGUCUUGAGCUCUUGCAUUGAGAGCGUAUAUUGUGGGAUCAAAUCUGUGAAUCAUGCCGCAAGUGUAAGGUACAUAGCGAGGGCUGAGGAGCUUCAAGAGUAGUUCCUCCAGGCCCCAGGGAUGUAUCUGGAGUUAGAAACCCUAAUCUAGCUAGUUAUUCCAUUAUACUUUUUGGCCAGCUUGAUGAGAAGAAUCACCGAUGGGCCUCAAUAGAUCUGGAGUGGCCUGGCUCGCCUGUACUCAUACAAAAAGUCUGAACUGAAGAGUCAAAGACUGCUCUGUUGUAAAGUACGUGCCUGUAGUGUCGUUUACCCUGAAGUCCGUAUAUUGCGUUUUUGUGUCAGAGAGAGUUAAGGGACAAAUGUCCUAUUUACUCAAUAUGUAUAGAGCUGUUGUGUUAUAGAUGUUGAAUCCGUUAAAUCUGUUUACAAAAUGUGUGUAUA